UCGCGUAUCGUCACAUACUCACAAACACCUAGCUAUUACUAUUAAUUAGUAUUAUUUAAGUCUAAUCGUUGAAAAACGAAUAAUAAAAGUUAUUAUUUCUAUACUGCAAGUGAUUUGCAUUCAGUCAACAGCAAAACAGACAACAUCUAAGUUUUCAACAACCAACAUAAUUGUAGACGAUCAAUAAUUAUUUUUUUAUCUACGGUCACACCAAAAUUAUAAAUUCUAGUAAUUUGAUAUAGGAAAUUAGAAACUGCGCGUAUUUUUGCAAACUUGAAGUAGUUCUGCAACAGAAAAUUGUUGGCGUUAAUGACUGCAGCGCACUGAAAAAAUUACACAUCGCGAACGUUUCCUGAUGCCAUUUCUAUGUCAAGGACACCGAUGGUGGUCCACAGCUGCCAAAUAUAUUGUCAACAGACUUCAACGUUCAUUGCACGAAUGAUGGAAUACGAGAAAUACCUCCGACCACUUCGGCGUGUAUGAUGGCACACGAUACACAGAAACAUGAUUCCAACUCUACGAACGUGUUGCACAGUUUGGCGGCGGGCGCCAUCGCUGGUGCUUUAGCCAAAAGUACAAUAGCUCCAUUAGAUAGAACUAAAAUCAAUUUUCAAAUAUCUCAAGAACCGUAUUCUGGUAGAGCUGCGUUUAAAUUUUUGGCUGACACUUAUGCAAAAGAUGGUUUUAUAUGGUUAUGGCGUGGAAAUACAGCCACCAUGACCAGAAUCAUCCCAUAUGCAGCCAUCCAAUUUACAGCAUUUGAACAAUGGCGAAAAUUGCUGAAGGUUGAUGCUCUAAACACAAAAAAUAACGGAGGUCUUAAGUUUCUUUCUGGAUCUUUAGCUGGGGUAACAUCACAAACGCUAACUUAUCCUCUAGACUUGGCAAGAGCAAGAAUGGCAGUUUCUACCAAAGAUGAUUAUAAAUCGUUGGGAGAUGUGUUCAAAAAGACUUACAAAGUUGAAGGGAUAAAAGGCUUUUAUCGAGGAUAUGUGCCAACAAUACUAGGAAUUAUACCAUAUGCAGGUACAAGUUUUUUCACAUAUGGCUCGUUAAAGACAUUUAUGAAAGAAGAACAUGGAUAUGAAAAUACGGUUGUGAAUUUAGCAUGUGGUGCAGUGGCAGGUAUGGCUGGUCAAUCAUCAUCAUAUCCUCUAGAUAUUAUUAGACGAAAGAUGCAAACAUCAAUAAUUACAGGAAUAAAUUACACAAACCUCAGAACAACAUUUAUAAUAAUUUACAAAACUGAAGGCAUUAGACAAGGCUUUUUCAAGGGUUUAAGUAUGAAUUGGAUCAAAGGUCCAAUUGCUACCGGAAUUAGUUUUGCUACAUACGACUUUGUAAGGAAAACUUUAAAGAACAUUUGAAGUUAUUAAUAUUAUUUUUCACCAUAAAUGUGCCUAAUUUAUAUAUUAUUUAUAUAUAUAUUUAUAUUGUUACCAUUAGAUUGUAUUGAUUUUAUUUGUUUGAAGCCAUUUUUUGUGUAUGAAUUAUAACCAAUUUUCUAAAAGUAAGUAAUUACUUGCAAUUUUUUAAAUAAUAUAAUAUCUAGUCAAAUAAUUUUAAUUUUGAUAUGCAGCCAUGCAGGUUUGAACAAAAUUUUUUAAUACUACUAAAGUCAUUAUAAAUACUAAACAUUAAAAUAAAAUAUAACAAUAUCAGCAAUAAUUCUUCCUGCUGAUAAUUUUUGUUAUUUUUAAAAAAAUAGUAAUUAUUGUGAUUAUUGUGUUAAUUUUGAAUAAUAAUUAACUACCAUAAAAAAUCUAAUGUUUAACUGGAUUGUACUGUUUGAAACUUAAAAGUGUAUUACUUAUCUGUUAUUUUUGUAGAAAUGUAAUUAUGUUGUUAAUGAUAGGAAGGAAUAAUUCAAAGAACAUAGCUAUUUAAACAUACAUUUAUAUCUGAAAAUAUUU